AUGAACUGGACGCCAGGGCAAAGCACAUGGUUUGUCAAUGGCGCGGAGGUGGCGGGCAUCAAGCUUCAGGCUCCUAAAGAUCCCAGCAGAAUCUUGUUCAUUGCCUGGAGUGAUGGCGGCAGCUGGACGGGCAAGAUGGCCGUCAAUGACACGGCUUAUCUUCAGAUCCAGUGGAUUGAGUUUGUUUUUAAUGUCACUGGUACGAAUGACGUCAACGACAGGACGAGACGACUUGUGCCGAAGCCUGAGGGCGGCCCUCACAGCCCUCCCAUGCGAUGCGACGUAGACAACGGAUGCAAAGUCGUCUACAGCAUUGAUGAAUCUGGUCAUGUUGGCGAAACGGUCAUGCUUUGGAACGGAACAAUAGAUGGCACCCGUCUCGCGACGCGACAUGGCCUUUCAACGGCGUUCUGGUUGCCAGCGCUCAUCGUCCUAACUAUGGCUUUGUCUUCGAUGUCGGUUCUAUGA